GCCACUCAGAUGCUGUCAGUGAAAGCUUUUCAAGGUUCCUGGGAAGGUUUGUUUCGCCUUAAAUUUUAGAAGAAAUGGCUUUCUUAAUUCGCAUUAACAGUUAUACAGCCAUGGAACAUUUUAGAGCAGAGACCAGUUUCCUGUCCUAAGACAAGGCGCGGAUGGACGACUUGCUCCUGAAAAAUCUGUUCCUGUUUAGUAAACCUCGCUGUCUGCCAUGUCUCACCAUCAACCAUCUGCUGUGCAGCAGCAGGGAUCCUGUCCAGCACUCGCCCAGUCAUUCUGGCUACAGUGGGUCGAGAAGGCAUUUCCUAAUCUCGACUCUCAAGCCUACUUCAUCCCUCCUGUCUACGUUAACCGCGUGCCUAUGGCCAGAUGGUCGACUGCUGGUCGGGAUGUCCUGGUUCUUCAGCCAGCACCUGGACAGGCUGGUCAGACCAUGCAAGCAUCUUCACCUUCCCCAUCAGCAUCCCAGGUGUCCCUGCCUCAAGAUGCACGCAUUUCUGACAGUGAUGUUAGAGAUGAUGCAGCCAUGCAGCGAGUCUUCUGUUGCUUGCAGAAAAUGGCCGAGCAGAAGGGAGAAGUCUUAGUAGGUCUCAGUCAGCUUCAGUUCGGCCAGUACCUGUCUGAAUCCUGUUAUGCUGCUGCAGCCGCCCAGCUACCCCUACCUGCAAGUCUUCCUCCUAGUCUGCCGCGGAAGUGGAAGAGAGGAGACUUCGAUGUACUUCUCAUUCACCAAACUUACGGCUUUGUCGUCUGUGAGGUGAAGGCAUUCGGAGAUAAUGUCGCGAAACUUAAUAUGACAAACAAAGAUAUAGAAAACAAUAUCAGAAAGAAGCUCACUCAGGCUGUUUCACAGCUGGACAAGUCGGAGGUCAUGUUGUCACACCUGGUGUCUGACAUCACUUCCGGCCUGCGCAUCACAAAGACGAUCGCUGUUCCGAACCUAACGGUUUCUCAGGUACAACAGGCCAUCGCUGGCGACGUACGUUUGGCUCAGGAUCUGUGUCGAUGUCUUGGAGCAACAGAUUCCGCAGACAUUGGUGGUCUUUGUCUGUGCUCUGAUCAGUUGUCUGACCCCAAGACCCCAUGGGAUGUUAACAGCGAUGUGCUGAGGGAGCUGGGGGUCUGGUGGCAGCGACGUGUGGCUUGCAAUGGACCGGACAGUCAGAUGGCAGCAGUCUACAAGACGUUGGUGGCCAGGUUCUGUGGUCCAGCGACGACAGUGACUGUGCCCUGCACAUCUGCUCCCCGCCUGUGUAUCAAGACAUUGAGUCAGGCCGUGUCCUACACGGGGAUGUGUUACACAGCUUUCAUAUCUCUGUUCCCGGAGCAAGUUCACCUGCUCAACGCAGCCCUUCCUCGAGUCUUUGUGGCCGGACCUCCUGGAACAGGCAAAACCGUGAUGCUGCUGCUGAUGGGCACAGAAUGGCUGCGAUGUGGGCGCCACGUUCUUGUUGUCAGCACUUGGAGUGGGAGUCGUGUAGCAUGCACCAUGCUGCAUCUGAUGCUUCUGCAGACAAUAACAUCACAACAAGCAACAGGGGGGACACCGGGCAAAGUGACCUUACUGAAGUGUGACCUCGAGACGCGUUCUCGAAGAGACGAAAGUGCAAAGGUCGUAGAGAAGGCACUGAACGAUGUAGAGGCGGCGAUGGAAGGGCCGUUGUACGUUAUCGCCGAUGAAGCAUCAGAGUCACAUGAAUUCCUCAGUUUAUGUGACAAGCUGCUGAAACGACAUCCUCGACUCCAUCUUUGGGCGGCUAACUUUUCUUUUAAUGAUGUACCUGUUGGCUGGCAAGAGGAACUUUUAACCAGACCUCUCCGUUCUCCUCCAGUUGUCGUCAGGGAAGUUGAGAAGGACAAGCAGUUGGCUGUAUUUCGUCGUGUACAGCCGUACAGUGAGCGUGGGGUACCCGACCACACAGACGGUCCCCCAGUCACUCGACUGUAUCAUGGAGUCAAGUCUAACCAUUCCCUGUCAGCCCGUAUCAUUGACUGUUGGACAUGUGGAGACAUGGUGGCCAGCUUUCUACACAAUCUUCAUGUUGGGGCUCAAGAGACUCCUACUACAUCUACGACCGCCAUCUCCAGCAGUGGGAGCACAACGCCUGUGUGUCUGGAGUGGAGAGAUGUGCUGGUGGUGUACCAGGAUGCCACCAACUUUGCUGCGGUGAAGGCCAUGACAGAAGCUGGUGUUCCAGCGCGCAUCAUGGCGGACGAUGACGUCGAGGACGUGGCGUCUGCCGCAAGCAACGUGGUGUGGGUGGCCAAGGUAAAGGAGGUUCGUGGUAUAGAGAGAAAAAUAGUCGUCUGGACAGCCUAUGGCGAAGAUGAUGAUCGGCUUUGUUCCAUGUCCAGGUGCACGUCCCAGCUUGUAAUCAUCCAAGAAUCAUCUUAACUAUGUUUGUUGCAUUUCUACAUUGCAUAUUUUUAUUUAGUACAAAACAGAAACAUAGACUUUGAUUUUUGCACGAUCAUAUAUACCGGGUGGUUUACUACCCAAAGCACCAUGGUGAAGCAGGUUCUAGCAACUAGGUGAGAGAUCAACGAUGUACAAACUCGUCGUCACAUGAAGAAUGGCUGCUCUGCUUAGCUCAGGGCAAAUGUUGUCUAUAAAAGCUAAAUUUGGUUGAUUGUUUUCUAAUGUACAUUUUUUAUAAACUCGAUGUUUUUACUCAUUAAUUUUGUUAAUGCGCUUGUUCACUCUCCAGUCAGACUAAGCUGAUCAUCUGUAACAAUCCUUAAAUAUGUUUACUGACGAAUAAUUCCCACUGGUUCAUCGAUGAUGUAUUUUUAAUACUGAUAUUAAAUGACAUUAUCACGGCGUGUGUGUAUCGCCAUUUUUGAUGUAUAGUUAACCCUUCAGAAUAUAUAAUAUAGUUAGUCCUCUUGUAAAUAAACUGUGUGGCGGCAGGUUUUGU